AUGACGGACACAGGGCACGCGUCAAACUCCACGGCUGGCCGAAUGGCUUGUGCUUUCUGUCGCAGACGCAAGUUAAAAUGUAACAAAGAACUUCCGAAAUGUCAAUCCUGCCUGAAAUUCGGCUUCGACUGUGAAUAUGUGACUCCAGGUACACCUGGAGGAAUGAAGAAGUUGGAAGGGGAGAGGUCAUCACGUGUACGGCAGCUGGAAAGCCGUCUAGGACGAGUUGAGCAAUUACUCCGAGCCAAGAACCAGCGACAAGGGCAAAACUCUACAGCAGUCUCGUCAGGGGCCGGUACAGUGAAGACAGAGUCAGACGAAGUCUCUCUAGAUGAUGGUACUGCUACAGCCUUAGAGCACAUUUACUUUGAAUUCGUUCACCCAGCUGUAAAUAUCAUACAUCCCGAAAGAUAUGUUCAGUGUCGACCACCCACAUAUCUGCAACACGCAAUUUACGCUGUAUCCGCUGCUAUAACAGAGGAUUAUGCAGUCCACAGAGAGGGCCUUUACAAAUCAUCACGAAAAUUGCUCCAGGAAGCUGAACUUCAAGAUAAGAAGCUUGACAGCUUGAGUCUGGCCCAUGCACAAUCCUGGAUUUUGAUCGCCUUCUACGAGAUCUUACAGGGUUAUUUCCACAGAGCUUGGAUGAGUUCAUCACGGGCAGUCCGUUUAGUUCAAAUGAUGAAGCUCCAUCGUAUAGAUGCGGUGUUGAAAACUACAGAUCCUAGUCUUGUUCUUCUGGAUGCGGCAAAGGACUUGACUGAAGUGGAGGAGAGAAGAAGAAUCUUCUGGAUGACAUUUCUGAUGGAUCGUUACAGUUGUAUAUCCAUGGGCUGGCCAACUUUGAUUGACGAAAGAGAUAUACGAACAUACCUGCCUAUCUCCAAUGAGGCAUUCGCAAACUCAGUGUCUGAACAGCGCCUCUUUCUAUCUCAAGCCAAAUCGGCUCAAGAACCUGAAAACAUAUCGACAUUCGCCUGUCAAGUCGUUCUCUCCUCUCUAUGCGGCAACAAGUUGAGCGAGCUUCAGCGGUUUGACCCUAACGUACCAGCAACACAGCCACUAAGAAACGCAUGGCUGAAGCCACAGAGACUGAAUGACCCGCUAACAACGAUUUUCUGCGUCCCUCAGUACCUGACCUCGCGUCCCACGCAAUUGACCCCUGCGAGCGUGUUUUUGGACAUUUUCGCUGCUGCUACGACAAUCUGUGUUCAUCGUGCAGCACAAUCACAAGUGAGAGAGGACCCAGUCUCAGCCGAGAUGAUUGCACAGAGCAGAAAGCAAUGUCUCGAAGUAUCUUUCAGCAUUUUCAGGCUCAUGGAGAUGACUUGCCAUUGGGACCUCCGUGUGUUCUAUUUGUGCUUUCCCUUCUGUUUGUAUAAUGCGGUGACUGUUUUCGCCAGCUUCUGGCUGGAGCAAGAAGUCGAGCUAUAUGAGAGACCCCUUAGGUUUCUGAUUAAGUGCAUAGACUCUUUCAAGAACAUGCCACUGGCAACUAUUCUUCUCGCAGAUGUCGAAGCUGAGUUUCCAGGUCUGAUUGACCGACUCAACAGUAGCGCUGGACAGCAUGGCUCAUCCGACAACACGGAGUUUGCCGCUCCAAUACAGCUGCAAGCCGUGGAAAAUUUCUCCGCUUCGGACCCAUCUCUGGAUAUGGGGUUUAAUGCGGAUUUCGGAGACACCGGAAGUUUUGAUCAAUUAUACGGUGCAGAGACUUGGGAGAUAGACGAUUCCAUUCUGAGCACUAUGGGAGCACUUCCACCGUCUAGCUUUGAUGCCUGGAACAAUAGCCUUGAAAAGGGCCCCGACCUUUAG